UUGAAUGAAUGAUAUGGGAAGAACGCCUGUCUCUCACUGUGAGAUCUCUGAUACGAUUUCUACGAAGCCUUUGGCCCCUUUACCCUGGUCAACAAAUAAUGACUACUAGUACUUAUAUCGGUAUGAAACGUGAUAAUUACAUAAGUGACAUAUCAAAGAAAACAUAAAUAAAAAUAAGAAAAACUUCAUGAAUACAAAACACUUUUUAACGUCGCAAACAACGGAUUUUCAGUUCCUUCCAAAAGUUUCGUAUUUUUUCCCGUAAAUACAACGUAAAUCUCUUGAUACGCAAAGUUAGGAGAUAAUCCCGAAAACCGGAAAAGUGGAAAAACAAAGCGAGACAUCGGAAACAAUGUCGCAUCUCUUAAAACUCUUAAAACGAGGUUAACUCUCAAAGCGGAAUCAAGACUUGCAUAGGAAUCAACUUUUUUAAACACUGACACAGCGUUCGCAAGCUUGAAAGAUUUUUAUAUAGGUAAAUGAUCUCGAAGCACUUCAACAAAGCCAAAUCAAACUGCGAAUAGAAAAUUAAAUCGAAAACGUCUAACUCCGACUGGACUUGAAUCCGCAGAUCCUUUGAAGCCGGGACGAGCGUUUUAACCGUAACACCACUGGGGACGGGUCUUCAUACUGUACAGUCAUGAGAAAUAUAAUGUACCCACUUUAGGACUCUGUCACAUUAACAAAUUUGACAUUUAGUGAGACUUACAGUUCAAUUUGUCAAAAAAGUUAAUGUGACAUGGUACCAAAGUGUGACCGUACAUUAGUAUUUUUAGAUCCACAUCGUCAUUCCGCCGACGGCUAAUUGAUGGUGUGGAAUUUUUCUCUUUGAGAGAUUAGGUACCAUCAUCUCAGGCCUUUAUAUCUUUAUCAGAUGAUUCAAACAGCGUUUCUGAGAGAUUAGGUACCUAAGCGUGAGUAAACGCUGUAAAACCAAAUUAAUAUCCUUCAAAAUGAAAAUGUUCUUAUUUCAAAACUCAGCAACGUAUAACCUGCACGAAUCGAGACUCAUCCAUCGCAGUUAGGCGGUUACCACACGACGCGGUCGUGGUCGCGGUUAGCUGGUUUUAUAGCGAAUACCAAGGGGCGAGGCGGGCCGACCGCGCAGUCGCUUUGGCUCGCGUGUCAAAGAGAAAACAUAUUAGUUCAUACACAUUUAUAUCGACAUCCAACAUUCAUUAAUAUACUUAUACAUUUGUUUCGAUUAUCUACCAAUUACCAUUAUUAGGCUAGUUUCCAACUAGUGAAAUCAGUUACUUUUACUAAACGUCAAAAUACGAUAUGACUAUGGAAUUUUUGUAAAAAAUCACACUUAUUAUAAAAUAAAAGUCGGACUUAUUAUUAUGUUUUUCUUGAUUAAAAUUCAUAAAUACCUAAGUUAAUAGAAAAAUGGAAAAUGUUCUUCCCUGGUUUUAGAUCUGUCCUUAUUUAGUACUUAAUCAGAAUUUCAUAAUCUAUCUUAAACCUAGUACACGACCCAAUUAAAUAUUUGUAGUUUAACCAUGACCAGUCCUUUUUGCUCCCGAUCGUCAACUGUCUUCUUUUCUUCUUAAAAAUAUCCACCAUUAUGUUUCUUUUUAAAGGACUGGACCAUAGAGUUUUGGCCAAAGGAGUAUUUACUUCGUUUGGCGAGAACACAUGUAUUAAGAACAGACGGUUUACACACAAGUUAAUACUACCUUUGCAACCACUUUACGUCUCUUAAUAACCGCAUAUUCCGUCUUGAACGCGAGUUGUUCAACUACCUAACUAGUCGCCCGUAUGUAGCAGGAAUUCUGUAUGAAAUUGUGGUACAUACAAACUAAAAAUAAAACCAAAAAGUGUUGUUAGUUUGUUUAGUAUAUUUUUUGAAUAACUAAGAUACAAAUAGUUUUUAAGUAAGAAAAUUACUAUUAAUAUAGUAAGUAAGUACUCACUAUAUUAAUAGCAUUAGUGCCUAAUAGUUCUGUUUCAGAAAAUGUUCGACCAAAACUAUGUGGCCACCAAAGUUUUACAGAAACGAUACAGAAAGUGUUGUGCCUAAUAAAAACCACGAAAAAAUUGUUAAACCACGUGCAUAUAGUUUCAAAAUGAUAUUACCAAAACGCGACCACAGAUAAGAAGUAGCAUAAACGACGACAAGGAUCCAUGUCAAGGCACAAAUCGACAGUAGUUGGGUAAUUUUAAAACUGACGUGCAAUCUUUAGAUUAUAAAGUACGUACUUAUAAAUAAAUAUAUAAUCUAAGCCACUAAUAACAUUACUAAAAUAAAAAUAAAAAACUACAUAAUAUGUAGUAAUGUUGGUAAUUCAGGGGGGUUAAAUAGACCACAUCGAAGCAAUUCAUCUAAAAAACAAUAUUGCAAUUUGACAUUUGCGCAUAUAGAAGUAAGUGCACAUUGCCAACAAAAUAGCAAAAAGUAAUAUAUUGCUUUUUUAGAUGAAUUGCUUCGAUGUGGCCUUUUUAUCUUCAUAGAUUUUUAUAUCUACGUGAUAAUUUUGUACAAAACAUCUUCAAAAAAUCUUAAGGUGUACAAAAGUUUGCUUUUGUAUGCUUUAUGAGAAGUCUGAAGGAUAAAUAAAAUAUAACUCAAAAUAUAAAAACUCGAAACACAAACUCGAAACUCAAAAUAUAUACGAAUGACGUGUAUAAUUAUUAUUCUAGUGUUUAUGUGGUUUAUUACCUUUAUCUUUUUUGUUGAUAUUAUUAUUUUGUCUUAUCUCUCAUGUGUGAUCUAUUUACUUAACUCUUGUUACGAUUAUAAAGAUAUAAUUAUCAUGAUUUUAUUUUUAUCAGUCAGAAUAUGUGUGAGGGUCAACACAGUUUUAUCAUGAAGAUAAUUAUGUUGACCUAAUAAUCUUUUGUAAUUGUCAGGUAUAAAUUCUCUUUCGUCAAUAGAAAUUAGAUCUAUUUCUAGUUUGGUAUUAUUGAAAGUAGUUGUUGAAUAUGAUCAACCUGUGUUUUGCUGUAGCCCUUUUUGGGUUUGUAGUGGCAACCCCACUCCCAGGUACAUUAAAGGCUAUGGAACAAACGAGAAUAGUAGGUGGCGAGGACAUCGAUAUUACUGAAGCUCCGUAUCAAGUGUCUUUAGUCAACCGAGGCAUGCACUCAUGUGGAGGCUCUAUUGUGGCAAACGAUCUUAUUUUGACCGCAGCACACUGCGUUAGGGGCUCUAGACCAGAAAACUUCCAAAUCCGUGUUGGUUCUUCCAUACUCAACAAAGGCGGCGAACUUUACCCGGUAGGAGAAAUUAUCUGGCAUCCAGAUUUCGAGUUUUCAAAAAUGAACAAAGACAUUGCAGUGAUGUGGCUCUCUGAACCUUUGCGAUUCAGUGACGAAGUAAUGGCAAUUCCUAUGUUGAGUGAAGAUGUUGAAAUCGAGGAAGGAGAGGAAACGACUGUUACAGGAUGGGGAGCUAUUGAGGAAAACGGUAUUGCUCCUAAGAUGCUCCAAAGGGUCGAGGUACCUAUCGUAAGUCAGGAAAAUUGCCAAGAUGCGUACUCUCCGAUGUACAACAUCACAAAUUCGAUGCUUUGCGCCGGUCUGCCGAGUGGAGGAAAAGAUGCUUGCCAGGGUGAUAGCGGCGGUCCUUUAGUCUACGAGGGACAACUUGCUGGAGUCGUGUCCUGGGGAUUAGGAUGUGCCAGGCCGCGGUACCCUGGAGUCUACGCGAAGGUGUCUGAUUUGCGCCCCUGGAUCGAUAACAGCAUCAACUAUUUGAGACAGAAGCACAUACUUCGAGGGCUUUGAAAACUAAUUUGAGGAGGAAUCACACUUCGCUUUGUUUUAGUAGAAUUUGUGAUCGUUGUCUGAAUAAUGUUCAAAUGGAAUUGUUUACUUGGGACCCUUUACAAGCUUGUGUUAUCUCUUCAGCUCUAUAAGUUUUGUCUGAAUUACCCGAAAAUGUACAGAUUGCAGAAGACAAGCCAGUAAGGAGCACUCAGGGCUAAGUAUUGCUACACUAAGUACUACUACAUGCAUUCUGAGAAUACAUAAAGUAAUGAAAAAAAAAAAUCACUACCUGCUUUGUUUAUUAUUUGUUUCUCCCAUUAAUUUAUUUUCAAAGUUCUAUUUUAUCAAUUAAAAUAUGUAUCUUAGUACAUACAUACAUACAUACAUAAACUCACGCCCGUAAUCCCUAAUGGGGUGGGCAGAGCCACAAGUAAUCAAAGACAACUUGCAGCCACUGUUGAUACGAAGUCCAAAGAGGGAUAUGAUGAACUUUAUGGUGAUAAGGGAUCUGCCUAUCGCCCAUAACAUUAGUCCAUCAUGUUAGAGGACACAAUCCCUCUGUCGGUUUUUACGACAUGCCAGGGAAGAGAAGCAGCUGAACGUGUUCUAUGUUUUUUAUAUGCUCCCAGAACAGCAUAGGUGUAUGUAUCUUAAUGCAAAUUCUACUAAAAGAAAUAAAAUAAAAAAAAUAGCUAUAUUGUCUAAGUUUUAUACUUUUCUAUAAUUGCGCAUAGCACUAUAAAAUUCAUGACAUGACACUUUUAGCGGUUUUAUGAUAGUUUUGUUAUUAUGAAAUUAAAUUAGUUGCAGUAGUGUUUAGUAAAAUGUUUGUAGUUUUAAGAUUGACUUGAAUAUUGUAUUUUUAUUGGAUUAGAUUUAGUAUUAUGUGAUAUUAAAUGACAUUUUACACAUACAUAAUUUACAUUUUUGUUUAUUUCCAACACAAAAUCCUGUUUUGUACAAUACUUCUUAAUAUCAAUGCGUUAAUGCAUAUCAACCUGAAAAAGGUAUUAUACCAUUUCUAUUAAGAUGAAAUAUCUAUGGUUGAGAAAGAUUGGCAACCUGUUAUCGUUCAACUAACAACAACAUCAAAAAAUACAAGAAAACCUACACAACUUCAACAACAACAUUGCACAACACAACACUUAUCUCCUGUUAUCUCCCUCCUCAAUUAUAAUUACUUUCCCGGUUUGACCAAAUUCAAAGAAGUACAAAAGAAAUGUUUCCAACAAGAAGAAUUCAAAACGAAGAAUUUAUUUUGUUGAAGAAUUUUAGAGAAUUUUUAAACCAAGCUAUUCUAUCCGGAAAAAAAAAUUAUUAUGUAGCCGUACAUAACUCUGAGAAAUACCCGAGAAGCGCAAAUAAACAUUGCAAGUUGUAAGAAAAACUUUCCUUAGCGCGGAUUUAAAUUUCCAGAAGAUAAAGCAGUUUAGACUUCUUUAAAUAAGUGAAGGUUUUAAAAGCAUAAAAAAACCCUUUGUGCCGUUUUUCAACUGGUUCAUUUGUUCUCAGUUCAUUAUUGCUAGUCUGAAGAAUCGUUCUAAUUAGCAAUUGAGUCCUAAGCAUUGAUUCGAUUGAUGUAAGAAAAUGUUUUAUUCAUAACUUACGAAUGGUUAUAAGCGACUUCUUUUAGAAAGAGGAACACAUUUUACAUAUUUCUUCAAUAGAAAAAUUAUUUGUGCUGACUGUUCUGUCAUCAUCUGUUGUAAAAACGGCCUCUGUGGUCCAGUGAUUGAGCGUUGGUCGAAUCCCGGUGGGGACAAAUCAUAAAAAUCACUUCGUGAUCCCUAGUUUGGUAAGGACAUUACAGGCUGAUCACCUGAUAGUCCGACAGUAAGAUGAUCUGUGAUUCAGAAGGCACGUUAAGCUGUUGGUCCCGGUUACUACUUACUGAUGUAAGUAUGUAGUUCUUACAUGAGCCAUGUCAGGGGCCUUUGGCGGUUCAAUAAUAACCCUGACACCAGGGUUGAUGGGGUCGGUAAUCCAUAACCCACACGAUUAGAAGAUCUGUUGUAAAGUUGUCAUCCAAUACUAUCUUACUGAAGCUAGAUCCACACAGAGCCAAGAAAGAUAGGCAAGGCGAGUGGGUCGCCAGAUGUAAGACCCUAUUUAAAAUUCAAAUUAAAAAAUGUCUUUAUUCACAAUGUACGUAGUUUACUUUGAAUCGUCAUCUUUUUCAUAACAUUAAUCGGGCAUGAGGCUUAAUUAGGCUCGUCUAAGUAUUGUUUUUUUAAUAUGGCAAAAUACGGGAUGUUAAUAAUACAUCAGGUGGGCAAGGCCGGUGCAGCGUGUCCGGUAAAUCGGUAAUACAAAAGAAUAAAGUAAAAGCGCUCUUGUUUACUAUUUUAUUCAAAGUACUUACCGCUUUCCCAACUCUGUGUACAGCAAGCAUUAUUUCGCCUAGGACUUGUACCAAAUCCUUUCAGAGUAAUCGUUAAAACUUAGCAAAGGUAAGCAUUUUGCGUUUUUCACAGCAAAUUGCUGGAAGAAAUUAAAAAGUUUCAGUUGAUUUAUAAAGUCGUUGUUUAAGAGAAGCUCUGAGUUUAUUUAAGCGGUAUUUUUUAAACUUUGUAGUCGGUACGGAACUCUGGGAAGUGUAAAAUAAAAACGGGGAAAUUACAAAGGAAACCCAACCUUAAAAAAUUAUUACAGAGCCUUGUUUAAAUAUACAAAAAACAAUAAAUAAAAAAAAAAAUAAGUAACUAAGUUUGCAAUAUGCAAUUAUAUUUUGAUUGCAUAAUAUUAUAUUUUCAAAAUUAAAUCUAGUCGUUGGCUGUUGCUUACAGUUAUCGAUUAGACGACUAUUGAUAGUGGCUUAUCUCUACUCCUCUAGCUAUAUAUACCGGUUACUCGUUCACCUUGAACCGGCAUACAAAACCGACCCAAACAAAUCAUUAGUCAUUCGCGUCUCAUCCGUAUUGCAACAUGUAUUUUAAUUCCGUGCUAUUUCGCAAUAGUUUAUUUAUGUCAAAGUGUUUUGUCUGCUAGGAUACUAGGCGUGUUUCCAAUACCUUCAUUAAGUCACCAAUUGGUAUUUCGAACUUAUACUCAAGAACUAGCAAAACUUGGCCAUGAACUAGUAAUCAUUACACCCGAUCCAAUCUGGCCUAAAGAUAGACCAAAAGCCAAUGUAACAGAAAUUGACGUGAGAUUCUCAUAUCAAUUUAUGCUUGAUGAGUUGGGUAAACUUGACAUAUUUCAAAAAGGAGUAGUAGCCGAUGUGAACACAGUGUCAUUUUAUUUAUACAAAUCAUUUAUAGAAUUGAUCAAAAAGCAAAUAGAGCAUCCAGAAGUGAAAAAACUGAUUGAAGAUAAAAAUGAACGGUUUGAUUUGGUGAUAGUGGAAGCGUAUUUCAAUUUGCCUUUGGUGUUCAGUCAUGUUUUUAAAGCUCCCGUGAUUCAGAUCUCCUCGUUCCAUGGACGUCCAGAGAAUUAUGAGGCCGUCGGUGCAUUAGGCAGUCAUCCACGUUACUAUCCAAAUUUUAACAGGAACAAGUUCCGAAAUCUGUCCUUUUGGGAGAAUCUUGUUGAGAUAUUUUACGAAUUGAAACUUAGAUAUGAAUUUUGGUUGACCGAACAAUUUGAAAACAAAGUAAUCAAAGAACUAUUUGGACCUGAUGCGCCAACUAUAAGAGAUUUAAAUGAAAAUGUUGAUAUGUUGUUUAUAAAUACACAUUCAAUUUAUGAAGACAAUAGACCUGUGCCGCCAACUGUUGUAUUUUUAGGUGGUUUACACAUGCAACCGAUUAAAGAAUUACCAAAGGACCUUAAGGAAUAUUUGGACAACUCAAAACGAGGAGUGGUGUACGUGAGCAUGGGUAGCAACGUUCACCCUUCAAAUAUGGACGAAGUGAUGUUGGAAAAUUUUAUAAAAGCGUUCGGGGCUUUGCCAUACGAUAUU